CGGCCGGCCGCGGGCCAGGCUCCCGGCACCUCCGGGAGUGGGAGGCGCCCCGCAGAAGUGCUCCGGGGCCCGGCGCGCCUGGGACUCCGCCCUGCAAGGCCGCGGCGCCCACCUCCGUCUCUCCUUCCCCGAGGAGCGGCGAGAAAGCCCGCCACGCGGAGCGCGGGCCGGCGCUGGCUGAGCCCCGCCCGGAGCCGCCCGGAGCCCGCGAGGCGGCGCUGAGCCCGGAACCCUGCGCAGGGCCGGGGGCGCAGCUCGGGUCCAGGGCCCGCGGGAGGCUCGGAGCGGGCCUCGCUCGCGGCGUGCGCCCCGGAGCCUGGCGAGGCCGGGGCCAGCAGGGCGCGCGGCGGGGCGGUUGCGCGGCCGCGCGGUUCCCGCACCCUCCUCGCUCCGCCCCGGCGCUCUGCAGCGGCCGUCGUCGUCUGGAGCUCCCGGAGCGAGGGCGUCCGGCCGGGCGCGCCGGCACCGCACGCGCCAUGGCGCUGGUGCCCUACGACGAGGCCUCGGGCCUGGGGCUGCGCAGGUUCCACAAGCCCCUCGCCACCUUCUCCUUCGCCAACCGCACCAUCCGGGUCCGCCAGGACUGGCGGCAGCUGGGGGUCGCCGCGGUGGUUUGGGACGCGGCCGUCGUUCUAUCCACGUACCUGGAGAUGGGCGCUGUGGAGCUCAGGGGCUGCACUGCUGUGGAGCUGGGGGCCGGCACAGGGCUGGUGGGCAUCGUGGCCGCCCUGCUGGGUGCUCAUGUGACUGUCACGGAUCGAAAAGUGGCAUUAGAAUUUCUUCAAUCAAACAUUCAAGCCAACUUACCUCCCCACAUCCAGACCAACACUGUGGUGAAGGAGUUGACUUGGGGACAAAAUCUGGAGAGUUUUUCACCUGGAGAAUUUGAUCUGAUACUUGGAGCUGACAUCAUAUAUCUAGAAGAGACAUUCAAAGAUCUUCUUCAGACACUGGGCUACCUCUGUGGGGACCACUCUGUGAUCCUUUUAGCUUGCCGGAUUCGCUAUGAACGGGAUAACAACUUCUUAGCAAUGAUGGAGAGGCAGUUCACUUUUUACAAAUUAUUCAUCUUCUAAACCAGUGGCGGCAAACCUACGGCUGCAUCUACUGCAGUGCACUGUCUGUUAUCACCGAAAGCUCUCAGCCUCGCCCUCCCUGUUCUAAAUGGACUCAGUCAUCUGCCCUCGAUAUCUUCCAGAUGUGGUCUGAGUAGUGGGUUAAUUCCCUCCCUUGGUCUAGACAUUAGGUUUUACUACUAAGGUAGCCUGGUAGUAUACUGGGGAGGGAGUUGGACUGUAUUAUAUCAAUUAUAAUCAAAGAGUUAAAGGUCUUUCAAGUGAAUUUUUAAUCCAGAAUCUGAUACAUCUUGAACACCUGGUUUUAUUUCAUCCCCACAUUCACAAUUUUACAAUGAUUACUAUCACUUUCUUUCAGUCUACUUCCCUUGGCUGCUAUGCUUUUGAAGUACUUACUCUCUUCUCCCUCUUGGUACUCGCCUCGUAAGGUGCUGUCAUUUGCAAAUCCGAUGACCAUGACUUUUAUAUCGUUCAGCUAUACUGUUAUUAAAACACCAAUCCAAAUGAGACCAAGUGGAGGGCCUUUCGAGGACUUCCUCUGGAUAUAAAUUAAGCACUAUAAAGAUGGGUCAUUCUAGUACUAUCAGUUAACCUCUGUUUCCCCAAACUUGCAACAGUAUCACAAGAAACUUUGUUAUUGCACUGUAGUCAAGACUCAGGGGUUAUGUUUCAGGAAUUUAUAAAUUUAAUGGUGCCCAUGUCAAAGUUUGAUUAUAAGGGAUGAUAGAAACAUUUUUCUAGAUGUGUCUGACUCAUAGUAUCUUUUUUUGAUUAUCAAGGUGUUAUUUUUUAAAUGACCAUCGCAAGGGUUUAGGCUAUGAGUCAAUUAAGUCAAAGGAGAGAUUCUUUUCAAUACAAAGACUGUGUCUUAGGGGGCCUGCAGCUAAGAUAUGUUUUCAGAGUAUGUUCACACAAUAUGUACCUAGAAACAUAAAACUUCUUAAGACCUCAAAAACUUAACAGGUAUGGUAGCGCAUGCCUGUAAUCCCAGCAACUCAGGAGACUGAGGCAGAAGGAUCACAGCAAGUUCAAGUCUAGCCUUGACUGCAUAGUGAGUUCAAUGCCAGCUUGAGCUAAGAGUGAGACCCUGUCUCAAAAAACAAAAACAAAAAUCAAUUUAUCAAUAUUAACUUAGGAUUCUUAAUUUGAUGACAGAUAAAAGGAGUAACUUAAUGACUAAGUGAGAAGAAAUAUAAAUAGAAUUUAGACUCAUGACAAGGAAGAGAACUGUAAGUUUGAAAUUUAUUAAACUUUAAAGUAAGCUUAGUAAGAUCUGUUGGCUGUGCCCUUCCUGGGGUUUUUAAUAUGGAGCCGAUUUCUACAUACAAUGAAGAGUUUUGGUCUGCUUUGGAAGCAAGCAAAAUAGCCCAGGCAACAUCCAUAGCAGAACACAGAAACUAUAGUAAGGUGCUUCUGAAAUUAAGGAUGUUAGCAAAGUACUAAUGGAAACAAGUACUAAACUAAAUAGUUGUCUUUUAAGUAUAGCGUAAGAAAUGGUUUGCAAAGAUAUAACUAAAGUGGUAACUAGCAUAGCCUUAGAAGUGACACAAAACUAGAGAAUGUGAUAACUUCAUCAAAUGGAUUCUAAACUUUUAAACGGAAAAGCAGCAGCCAACCUAGUGUACAAAAAAAUCAGUGUUUAUUCAGUACUGUUCCGAGCAAGCAGUGCUUUCUUUGUGCGAUAAGCUUCAUGUAUUUGAAAGACAUAAUCUACAUGGCACUACUGCCUUGAGCAGCUAAUGGGCUUUUGACGUCUCUUUAUCUGCUGCUAAAAUUUCUUGCACAUUUUGAUUCUAAUUCGUAUUAAGUCCCAUACCUGUAGGAAGGCCUCCUUGAAAGAAUUUCCCUUCGCUUCUGGGAAUCAGUUACACUAUCCACUGAUUCCUGUGAAUCUUCACUUUCUGCAAUAGUUGAAAUCUGAAAAUAAAGAAGUGCUUUAUCAUCAUAAUCAAACUUAGUUUCUGUAACUUUUUUUUUUUAAAUCAGUACCAGGAAUCAAACUCACGACUGCCUGUUUGCAAGGCAGGCGCUUAUGCCGCUGAGCUAAAUCCCCAGCCCCAGUUUCUGUAACAUUUUAUAAACUUUAAAACAUUUGUCUGUAAUUUCUUUCAGGAUUCUGUGUAACCAAUCUUUGAUUCAUUAGUGUUACUUGUCAGCUUUUAAUAGUUAUAGCAAAAUCAACAAAAAUAAGGUUUUGGACAUGUGGGAAAGACUGACUUAAAUAUCUGGUCCUAAGUCUACACAAGUAAUUUCCUUAACUACUGUGCAACCAAGUACAUUUACAGUGAUACAAGUAAGACUGCUUAUCCUUCACUUUCCAGAGAGUUACUUCAGCAACUCUGUUCUCUACUAUAGAUUGACAUGUUUUAAGGUAGGCAUUUUAUAAUUAUUUUUAAACAAAAACUCAAAACUAAUGAUGGUAAGUGAAUAAAGAUUUACAGAAUAAACUAGAAUUUAUUGAUGACUUACUAUGUGCCAGGUGCUAUGCUAAAGCACUUGCAUUACUUGAUAUAGUAACUCAGGCACCAGUUGGUACUGUUCUAUCAAAUUUACAGACGGAAGCAUUAAAGUGCUAAGUAAUCUGGUAAUUCUCCAAAGUGACAAAACUAAGAAACAGCAGUAUCCCUGUUAAUACCUAGCAUCUCUACUUUAGAUACCCUUACCAGCAUCAAAAUCCUAGUGGCACCAAACCAAUGUUGGCAGAACAAACAACCCACUAGUAUUUUCAGAGCAUUUUUAGACCGUGGUUCCCUCACCUAAGUCAGUAUGCUUGGCGCAAAGCUCCCUAUUGCCAGUCUUCUCUAGUCUAAACUGCAGAAGCCUUGUGCUCUUUCCUAAAGCAGGAGCACAGGGUGCUGUCAGAAUGAGAAUUAGAUCUAACCAAGACAAAGGAUUAGCUAGCUCAUCAAUGGCAGCAAGAAAAACCAUAUUCAGAGGUACCUGAGAAACUCCAAAGGUAUUCUUUUGACAGUACUUUGUGACAUGUGUCAUCACUUUAAAAAGAAAUCAGGUAAAUCUACUAACACUUUAAAAACGUCACUUAUAAUAAGCUAAUGUGCCCACCCAAAUCCUUUAAAAUAGAAGGUAAUAUAGUCUUUCACACUGUAGAAAAAAAAAAAUCUAGAUUUUUAAAAGCAAGCAAUAACUAGUGAGUCUAAAAUACUGAAAAGGCUGCAUUUUGUUUGAUUGUUAGUAUAUUAAAAACGCUACAGCUUACUGCUAAAGAAGCAUGUAGAAAAUUCAUCAGUCGCUGUCAUAAUUAGUCUAGUCACUAUCACGCACAAACUUUCUCAGAGAUACAGAGGUAAGAAACUGAAAAGGGUUAAGAGUAUCAGAAAUUCCAGAAACAACAAAAACUAGAGUUACAGUGACAGUACUGUCAUGUGCUGUUUUUAAUUAAUGUUCCACUCAGAAUCUUAUACUUCUGUGGCUUUCUUUCUUCAUCAUAUAUGUUUGACUAAUACAUCCCCAUCCUCACAACUAUUUCUUAAGGACAAUUAAUAAUCUGGGAACAUUUCCUUAUGACGUGAAAUUCCUUAAAACAGGCUACAUAAACUCCCCCAGCACAGUCUGGAAAUGAAGUGUUGUAUGUGGCCUUUCGACUCUCCUCCCCCCGCCAAGUCAGUGGAUUAUGGCACUUAGUACAGGAAAGGCUGCCAUUCGCUAAUCUGUGAAAUUUUGUCAAUUUGGACAGAAGUAAUGACCACUAUUUAAUAGACUACGUUAAUUCUAUUUUUAAUACAAAGGGAAUUCAGACAAAACAAAACAGAACCACACUGGUGCAGAAAUGCCAACAAGACUGCAGCCGUGGACACUGAGUGAUUAAGGUGUGUCCGUGUAGGCACACAGUCUGCUGGGGAACCACAGGAGAUUUUGGAAGUUUUUUCUUUUUCUCAAUUUUGCUGUAAAUGAAAACUGCACUAAAAAUUGAACAAAAUAAAAGCCUAUACUGGACUAAAAAAAGAAAUCAUGUAAAAAUUCAUUUUAUAAAUAAUUAUAGCUCAAUAUAUUUAGCAGAUUAAAAACCAUACAGAAACAUUAUAUCCCAAUUAUAAAUAAGGCUCCAAAUAGUAAUCAUAUUGUGAUAAUGGAAACCCUCCUGUCCUCACUUCGUGACAACUCUUUUUCCUGAAUUUAAGUAGUUUUUUAAUGUUGGCCACUUCUGUCAGUCAAGAAAUUUUCAAAAAGCCAAACAACUACUUGUUAUUAAGUUUUAAAUCUGAAUUUAACUUUGGUUUGUUUAAAAACUGUAUCUCCCGUUUAUAUGACAACUGUUUUUAUGUUUUAAUUAAAAAAUUUUUGACUUUUUGAGACAUGGUCUCACUAUGCAGUGCAGGCUGGCCUCAAACUCUCAGUCAAUCCUUCUGCCAUGGCCUCCUUAGGGCUGAGAUUGCAAGUAUGUUCCAUCACGCCUGGUGAAAAACUCUGUUUUUAACUGCUUGAAAUUUCAAAACACAACAAUGAUAAAACAUUAACUUUUUUUGGAAAAUUAUACAAAAUCCACUAAAAACUUAACUACAUUGUAUGGUUUAUUUUUUUUUUUUAAAUUCACUGGAUCAAUAAGCUUAGAAGUCUUGAACACUGAUGUUUAAACUCUUUUGACUUGCAGAUCUUUCAUACAAAGAAGAACAUCUUACAUACACAUCCGUUUUUUUAAUCCUAGGGGACUCAGGGUCUUUCCAAGUUGCUCUAACUACACUUGAACUUUUGAUCCUCCUGCCUAAUCAGCUUUUGAGCGCUGUGAUUAUAGGUGUAUGCCACCACACUCGCUCAGCCAUGUGUUUCUUACAUGCAAAUUUUUUUUUUUUUGGUCUUUUUCCUUUUUAUCGGUACUGGGGAUUGAACUCACGACUGCCUGCUUGCAAGGCAGGCGCUUAUACCGCUGAGCUAAAUCCCCAGCCCUUUACAUGCAAAUUUUUAAGUGUGUUAUUUAUAUUAUACAGUAAGAGUUCUUAGACAAAUAUAGAUAUUAAAAUACUAGGUUUUUUAAAGAUAAAUCAUUUAAUUUUCACUACAGUGAAAUGAUGUGACUAAAUAUAUCCUACUAAAAGAUCAUUAAUAUAACACUGAUUUAGAAAUAAUCUAAGCUUUGGUUUCUGGAAAUGUGAUUUAGUAUUUGUUACCUUGAAACAGGUAACUCAACUCAAUAUACAGAUCUCAAAAGUAAACAUAUGUGGGCUGGAGAUAUAGCUCAGCAGCUAAGCGUAAUAUCCUGAAUUCAUUCUCAGUGGCAAAAACGAAACAGAAACAGUAACUAUCUUAUUUAAAUUGUGAUUAUAAAGUAAGACAAGGGAUCUACCACUGAACUACAUGUCAGCCCUUUUAAAAAGAAAAUCUAUUUUGGGGACUUUUUUCCCCCCACUAAGUUGUCAAGGCUCGUUGGUCCUGCAACCCUUCUCCCAUGGUCUCCUAAGUAGCUGAGAUUACAAGGAGGUGCCACUAACCCUCACUGCAAUUUCCUAUUUUUACAAAUAAGUUCAAUUUCUACUGGAACUCUACAAGGCUUCCCAACAGGCUAGGAAAUAUUAUUUCUAAGGUUUUCAUAGUAUACAGAUUUUGAGCUUUUAGGGACAACAUACAUAUUGCCUGCAGUGGAAAGAAGCAUGGACAGUUUCUCAAUUACUAUUUUCAAAAUGCUCUCUCCACUGCACAACUUUCCUUUGAAAAGCAGCUAUUCUCCCAUUCAUGGUUAAAAUAUCACUUCCCUCUAGAAGAGAUACCAGUGAGAUUUCUAUUUCAAAAGUGUCUGUCACAUAAAACAUCCCUUGUUAAAUCCUUGUCAUCAUCACGAAAGGAAAGAACCACUGUCUUUAAAAAACACAAAAAACAAAAACAUGGUAACCCACUUGGGACCCCUUCUGUCGCUUUUAGACAGAAGCUUUAUCUCCCCCAAUAAAUAUUUUCUGCUCUUAAAAGAAAAAAA